AUGGCACAAUCGAGACAGAAGAGUUAUGCUGAUAGGCGCCGUCGAGACAUAGAAUUUGCGGUGGGUUACCGUGUGUUUUUGAAGGUUUCACCAAUGCGAGGUGUGAAGCAAUUCGGAGUGCGGGGAAAGCUAAGUUUUCGAUACAUUGAACCAUAUGAGAUAUUGGAGCGAAUUGGUACAGUAGCUUAUCGGCUCGUUUUGUCGCCAAAGCUCCUGGACGUACACAACGUGUUCCAUAUCUCCAACCUUCGCAAGUACAUUCAUGACUCCGGGCAUGUAAUGCUAUACGACCCGCCGGAACUUCAAGAAGACUUGAACUACAAAGAGUUUCCGGUGAUGAUUAUUGCUCGGGAAGUGCAAAAACUGAGAAACCACGAGAUUCCCUAUAUGAAGAUACGAUGGAGCAAUCAUGACGAUCGCGAAGCCACCUGGGAACUUGAGGAGCUGAUGAAAAAGCAUCAUCCCUAUCUAUUUAAGGAUUGA